UCUUCUUUCUAUUUACCUUCUUCACUGCCGUACUUCUUCCGCUUCUCUUUACACGAGUUCAUCCAUUGCUCAGUUUCAACGACUUGCUUCUGCUGAGCUCCCCCGGCUCUGGGUGAUUCGUUCACUCAGUUCCCCCAGCUCCGACUCCAUGGCGUCAUCCAUUGGGUCUUUUCCAUUUCUAGUUGAAACUAAUGCCCAGGCUUCCAUACUGCUUCAAACUAAAAUUAAUCGUCCUCUUAGCUUCCCAUUGUUCGUCCAUCGGCACGGCAAGUCUGCUGAAAUUAGCAGCUCAAAUGCUUCGAGUUUCGGUCAUUCAGAGAGUACGGGGAUGAAUUAUGGUAGGCUGAUCCAUGGGCGCUGUAGGGGUCGGCUAUGGCGGACUAACGACAUUCGCGCGAUAGGGAAGAGUACAGGAACAAGUCAGGACGACGAUGGCGCGGAGGAUGUGCUUCAGAGCACCAUUGAGAAGAGCAAGAAGGUUCUUGCUAUGCAAAGGGAUCUUCUUCAGCGGAUUGCUGAGAGAAAGAAACUGGUUUCUUCUAUAAACAAUGACAACAUUUUUGAACCAGAAGCGGAUGGCAAUAUUUCUUAUGAACUUACUGAUGACAAUUCUCUGUCAAAUGGCUCAAAUCCACAAAAAGCAUUCAUCAGCCGAGACAAGGCUGUUGUAUACCAAAAUGGCAGUAUGUCUUCAAGCAGUUAUAUCCAUUCAAGUGAAGAGGAGUUACCAGAAGCCUUAGCUGUAGGCAUUAAUCAAGGCUUUGACAAAGUGCAGGAGCAAAAUGAUAGCAUCUCACCUCCUGAAAAGGCUCCCUCCAUGUUACCUGUCACUGAACAAGUGGAAGAUGGUAAAUAUGAGACAGUUACUCCAGAUACCUUACCAACCUAUCUUGCAAACAGCACUGAAACUUCCCCUCUAAAAGUCAAAUAUGAGGAUAGCACGACGGAAACAAGUUCAAGUGAGGCCACUACUGAAGCUGACAACAUCGAGAGUGAAGGUGACAAAUCUAUACCGCUGGCUGGGGCCAACGUCAUGAAUGUCAUAUUGGUGGCAGCAGAAUGCUUUCCCUGGUCAAAAACAGGUGGACUUGGUGAUGUUGCUGGGUCAUUACCAAAAGCUUUGGCACGGCGUGGGCAUAGAGUUAUGGUUGUGGUUCCUCGUUACGGUAAUUAUACUGAACCCCAAGAUACAGGAGUACUAAGAAGGUACAAAGUAGAUGGUCAGGAUAUGGAAGUAAGAUAUUUCCAGACAUAUAUUGAUGGUGUAGACUUUGUGUUUAUUGACAGUCCUAAGUUUCGCCAUUUAGAGAAUAACAUCUAUGGAGGAAACCGACUGGAUAUUCUAAAGCGCAUGGUGCUGUUUUGCAAGGCAGCAGUUGAGGUUCCUUGGUAUGUUCCAUGUGGUGGUAUUUGCUAUGGAGAUGGAAAUUUGGUCUUCAUAGCAAAUGAUUGGCAUACUGCGUUGCUGCCAGUUUAUCUGAAGGCAUGUUAUCGUGACCAUGGUUUGAUGAAGUAUACAAGAUCUGUACUUGUGAUUCAUAACAUAGCCCACCAGGGUCGGGGUCCAGUUGAUGAUUUCUCGUAUGUGGAUUUACCUGAACACUACAUAGACCUCUUUAAAUUGUACGAUCCCGUUGGUGGUGAUCACUUCAAUAUCUUUGCAGCUGGUUUAAAGAGUGCUGACCGUGUGGUUACUGUUAGUCAUGGAUAUGCAUGGGAGCUUAAAACUUCUGAAGGUGGCUGGGGUUUGCAUGAUAUAAUAAAUGAGAAUGACUGGAAGUUGAGAGGCAUAGUGAAUGGAAUUGAUAACAAAGAUUGGAAUCCUCAGUUCGAUGUUCAUUUGAAAUCUGAUGGCUACACCAACUACUCCAUCGAGACGUUCCAGACAGGCAAGCCUCAGUGCAAAGCCGCCUUGCAAAAGGAGCUUGGUUUGCCUGUUCGUGAGGACAUCCCAGUAAUUUGCUUCAUUGGCAGAUUAGAUCACCAGAAAGGGGUUGAUCUCAUAGCUGAAGCAGUCCACUGGAUGGUGGGCCAGAAUGUUCAAUUGAUCAUGUUGGGCACUGGGAGGCCUGACCUAGAACAAAUGCUUAGGCAAUUCGAAUCCCAGCAUCAUGACAAAGUUAGGGGAUGGGUUGGCUUUUCCGUGAAGAUGGCUCACAGGAUAACUGCAGGUGCAGACAUAUUGCUCAUGCCUUCGAGAUUUGAGCCAUGCGGUUUGAACCAACUAUAUGCUAUGAAUUACGGAACAGUUCCUGUCGUGCAUGCUGUUGGUGGACUGAGAGAUACUGUGCAGCCUUUUGAUCCAUUUAAUGAGACAGGCCUUGGAUGGACAUUUGAUAGAGCAGAAACAAACAAGUUGAUAAAUGCAUUAGGGAACUGCCUGUUGACCUACAGGGAGUACAAAAAGAGCUGGGAAGGACUUCAGAGACGGGGCAUGAUCCAGGAUCUUAGUUGGGACAACGCUGCUCAGCAGUAUGAGGAUGUCGCUGUUGCUGCCAAAUACCAAUGGUGAACCUUCAGCUUCAGCGUCUGUGUUCACUAAUUGUAAUCUUUGCAUCCUUCGUCUUGGCAAGUAAUCAAUGAGGAGUCCAAUCAUGCUUGAGUGGUUUUAGGGUUGCGAUUCUGUCAAAUUAGUUUAACUGACAAGUUUCGAGGUAAAUACGUCUGAAGAAUUUCUCCAAUCAGUUGCCGUUACAGCCUUCAGGAUGCCAUUCCCGAACGCCAAAAUUUUCUGCUGUAACUCAUAAUGAAACACAGGUCUCCGUUUAUACGUCGUCACGACACUUUUUAGUGAUUUCAUCAAGUUCAUUUUUCGCUGUGUUAUCUCUUUGGUCAUCUUCGACUUUUGGGGUCAUAUUGUGGGAGUUUAAUGACAUUCCAUGAAAUAAGUAGUUAGUGAUGCGGGUCAUCAAUCACUUUAAUCA